AUGAUCGAUAUAGCGGUCGGGGUAUUACAUACCUUUGCUAUUAUUCUGCCUGAAGAGUCUCGGGAAGACAAACGAUUCAUUGGGAGGAUAGAUCCCCUUGUCAAUUGUCUUGGACAGAGCUCUCCGGAAAGCACAGUUUUGGUCUUGCAAACUCUCUUAACGCUGGCCAGUUGCACUAUUGGUGCUUCUCAGAUUCUUCAGGUUAAAGAUGUGACCCCAUUAACAGAGCUAGCUACGCAACAACCGCUUGUUCUUGAUGUUAUUGGGCUGUCCUGGUCCAACGCUUCCACCGCCAAAUCAAACCAAAAUAUAGUGUCAUCUAGUAUUGACGACAUCAUGCCAAAGCUUAUUGUUGCAUUCAAAGAUACUGAUGCAGUGACAUUGUUGGCGUUUACUGCCGACACUUUUUCAAAAGUACCGCCCGAGGUUCUCCGUACGGAUCCGUCAUGGCUUGAGGGGCUGAUUAUUCUGUUAAAAAAGCUUGUCACAAGUCGCCCCACUGCUACAGGGAGGGCAGCUUAUAUAGAAGCAGCUGCUACACUGCUUCAAGUAUUUCAACAGUCCUGCCCUGGUCGUCUAUUUCGGGAUGAUACGCAGCGUGAUGCAACCGCCAAGCCGUUCUCUUACCUCCUCGUUAAUUUAAUACUUAUCGACAUUCGGUCUUCCUUUCCGACUCUCCUAUCUAAAUUAAACAGCUCGGACUAUCCGUCGACGGCACGAAGGCUCGCCGGAGGUUUCGAUGUAAUUUCUGGCUUCAUAGGCUUCCUUGUGCGAAGUCUUGAUGAUAUUGAUGAAGAAAAUGGCUCCUCUACCCUAACCACAUCUCCAGAUCUUCUGUUGAAGCUUCGAAAGGACAUUGCAGAAACGAUGUCGUUAGCAAUAGAGUAUAUGAGAGACCGGUGGGAUGCAUCGGUUGCUGGAGUCUCCGGUCUCCAUCCAGAAGCUAGGACUGGAACGUCAGCAACAUCUGAAGGCACUCGUCUCACUCUAACUUGGGCCUCGAUGAAGGACAACAUCACAGAUGAUCCACUGAUUCUUGCAAGCAUUCGAACGCUUGCCAUUUGGCUGCGUGAGGAUGAAAAUGAGAACAUGCGCAGCGAGAGCGCAGGUUUGACGGAUAUGUUCAUAGAACUAUACAAGACUCCGUCCUCCAAGUCAUUGGAUUUCAAGUAUCCGAUUUUAACGGCUCUAGAGGCGACCUUGACCACAGAAGGUGGGAUCGAUGGGUUCUUGUCCCACGAUGCUUGGGCAGUCCUGAAAGAAGAUCUCGAGUCCAUCGUGAGAUAUACUACAGCUGAGCCUGCAGGCAACGUCAAUUCCGAAGCUUCUCGAGGAAUUGAGAUAAUUCGAGUUUUACUUGCCGUCGUCGAUGACACGGCUGUUACGGAACCUCAUGAGCAUUGGAUGAGAAUUGCCGAAACAGCAGCGUCAAUGAAACCAGGCCCCAAGCUGAUCGCGCCAUGGGCCAUGGAGCUUAAAAUUGCCAUGAUCCAAUUAGCAGCUGCAUUGCUGCAUAAAGCUUCUCCAGGGAUGCGGAGGCGAUAUCGGCCUACUGCAGUCGCACUAUCUGGAUUAUCCCAAGCCCUUCAAACGCAGCUCAAAGAUGGCAAGAACCUUAUGCCACAGGACUUUCAGGAUUCCAUUGACGAUGUUGUCUUGGAAUUAGCCAAUUUAGACUGA